AUGGUGUCCCAGGCGCUGCAGCUGCUCCGGCAGGGCGUGUGGGCCGCGCUCACCGGCGGCUGGUACCACGACCCGGAGCAGAGCAAGUUCACCAACAGCUGCCACCUCUACCUGUGGCUGUUCCUGCUGCUGCUGCCCCUGGCCUUGCACCUGCAAAAAUCUUCAGUGAGUUUGCACAGCUGA